ACAGAACAAUCCGAGAAACCCUUUGACUGCAGCAUGCGGGACCUCGGCGGCUUCCCAUGCGCGGCCGCCUCCGUCUUGGACGUCUCGCCCGACCUAUGGGCCUGCGCGCUAGAAGACAACAUGCAGGUGCUUCAUGGACCGCAGCAGGAGCAUAUCGUUCUCACGCCAUCGGCGGACGAUCUCGAUGGGCUCAUGCUCGUGGCAUCGGCGCCGACCGCCUCCGUCGCCCGCUUUAGCCGCCUCAAGUCGUCGGCCGGUACUUAUGACGUAGCCCUUGGGUUUGAUAAUGGCUUUGUCCGCGUCUUUGGGCAGUCGGGUGUCGAGCUCUUCGCGCUCCAUUGCCAUCCUGCGCCGAUCCUGCGCCUUGAAUGGACCCAUCGGCACAGCACCGCCAAGGAGCUUUGGGUUCUCUACGACGACAAGACGCUUGCGAUCAUCGAGUGGGAGUCGGACCCGACGCCAAAGCGCUCCUGGCGCAAGUACGCGCUGCAUGGUCAGACCGAGAUCCUCGCCGUGCUGCCAUGCACCGAGACGCGGCCGUCGCUCUUCCAAGUGCAUGCACGCGUCGGCCUCCAGAACGCGCUUGCUGUCGGGUGCGACCCCAUCAUUGGGUUUUACCACGCCGGCAACGACGCGUCAUCGAUCUUGCACAUUGCCCACAUUGCGUCGGCCGUGGCCACGCGGGCGGCAGGCGCGGUCUGGUCGCUCGCCAAGAGCUGGGGCUGGUCGGCCGAGAAGACGCCAUCGAGUGCCAAUGACGUCGCACCGACACCGCUCGACGUUGCGUCCGAGCUCGGGCUCCCCAACACGCUGCGGCAAAAGGCGCGCGCCGCCGUCCUCUCUCCCCACGGCCGCCUCGCGCUCGUGCCCGACUCGCUCGGUCGCAUCCUGCUUCUCGACACGUCAACCAUGCUGCUCGUGCGGCUCUGGAAAGGGUACCGCGAUGCGCAGGUGGGCUGGAUGACAAUGGACGCCAAGUCGGACGUGCCAGGGCUCUACAUGGUCUUCUACUCGGCGCGACGGGGCUUUGUCGAAGUGUGGCGCGCCCGACACGGCCCGCGCGUGCUCUGUGUGCCCGUGGGUGUGCACGCCAAGCUGCAGCUGUGCACGCUCGCGACCUCGCCCACGCACGCGUCGUGCGUACUCGUCCUCGAGACCGAGCCUGGCACGUCGCGCGUCCAGGCCGUCGACUUGGACGCGGCGAGCAAGAUGGCGAUUCUCAAAUACUUUAGCAUGGAUCUCCGGCAAGAAGAGGUGUUUCAUCUGCACCAACUGCUCGACAGUCUCCACGCGCUUCGAGAGGUCCCGGCGCCAGUCCCACGCGAGACAACGUCGGGGAUCCUCGCCCAGAUCCCGCAGCUCACGACCGGUGCCGGCAUUGAAGCGGUUGUGGACGCGUUGCAUGCACCGACGAUGGUGCAUCUUGGUGGCGACUUUCACAGCGAUGCGCUUGAUGCCCUCGUGUCGGUGGCGCGCACAGUGGUGCUCGGCGCCGACCCGUCCUUGGAGCAGCUGCGCGCGGUCUUCCUCCUCGAAUGGCAGCAGCACAUUCUCCAGGCGUACGUGCAGCUGCGCGACGAGGCAACCGCCAAACGAUCGGCGCCGUCCCUCUUUGACGAAGACCCGGUGCGGACGACCCUCGAACAGUGGCAGACGGUCCUCGCACGCGCCCGAACGUCGACGCCGUCGCCGCUUCCGACAUCCGAUCCCCCGGUGCUCUCGUGUCUUGCGUUUCUCGGCUGCUUCGCACCGCCGCUGCGACCCACGAGCGCGACGCCCGAGACCACGCGCAGUCUGUACCUGCUGCUGCAGCGCAAAUUUCGUGGCGAACUGAGCUUUGGCGACUGCCUCGACCAGAUGCACAUGCUCGUGGCGCGUCCUCUGCUCGUGGCCGCCAACGUGACGGCGAACCGCAACGCCUGGCUCACGUUUUGCUUUGGCCCGCUCGAGACGACAGUCUUUGCUGUCACGAACGUUGUGGCCAUUCACGCGGCGCUGCGCCUCAGCACGAGCGACGUGGCGCUGUACACGCAGAUGUUUCUCGACUGGUUCUUUCGUCUGCCGGUGGAUCAAGUCCUCGCGAUGACGGGCACGACCGCGUCGUCGCCGCUGCAGCGCUGGCUCGAGCCUUGGAUCCACGCCAGCUCGUACCCGCACGUGCUCGAGGACAGCGAUGCGUUUACACUGCCCGAGCUCUCCCCGCCGCUGCGCAGUGUGUUUGACGCGUGUCGCAAGAGCGACAAGCUUGUGCAUGUCUACGUGCUCACCAACCACUUGGACGUCGGGACACGGGCGCACGCCCAUGCGCUGCAAGAGGCGACGCUCGGGCAGAUUAGCGUCCUCGGCGCGGGCCUGCGCUGGCGCGUCUUGCAGCGCUGCCUUCAUAAAGUCCUGUACCUCACGUGCCUCUUGCGGCUUCCCGGAAAGCUCUCGAUCGACGCUGUCGAGGGGGUCGACGAACUGCUGCGCGCGAUCGCCAUCUGUCAGCUCCAACAAGCGCCCGACGUGGUUGACGCGCCUCUCGUGCGUUACGACAGCGGCGAAGAGUGGAUGGCAGUAUGGCUGGCGCAGCUCGAGGCCGCGUCGUCGCCGCGCCUCGUUGCAUCGGUGCUUCAGAGCUUCCGCCAGCUGCAGCACGCCGACUCCCUGGCGUGCUGCCGGGCCACCGUGCUCUUUUCGGCCUGGAACACGGACCGGUCUCAAAUGUCGUACCUGGAGCUCGCACUCGACGAGGUCGACGCAGUGACUACGCUGUCGACCAAGGUCGCACUCGUGGCGCACGUCUGGGAAACGUACGUCCGGACGCACGUGGCGUCCAUCUUGGCGUAUUGGGUUGAAGUGGCAUCGGGCCGGAGCGUCUCCAAGGGCCUGCAACCUUCGAUUGCGCGCCAGUUUCUCCACCUUGUCCGGCAGCUCUUGGAUCUCGUGGCAGUCGACAAGCCCACCGCACCACGGGAGCUCGAUGAGGACGACGAGACGCUGUUGACGCCGCAACUCGUCGAGCCGAUUGCAUGGACGGGCGCCGACACGGACGUGUUGAGCCUCUUUGGCACCGCGUGGCCGCCGCGGUACACGCAUGCGACGCUCGCGCAAAGCUUGUCGCGCAUCGAGAAUGUGCCCACGAGCAGCGUCACGCUGCAUGGCCAGUUGCUUUCGGUGCUGGACGCGUUCUCGGCGGUGCCCGACGCUGCACUGCCGCUGCAAAAGCUCUUUGCUGCACCUCAAGUGCUCUGUGCACCCGACGGCCUCACGACGCCACCGCCGAUCGAUGCCGCCGACGCCUCGGCCUUGACUGCCGCGCGGUACCAGUUUGUACUGCGGCUGCUGCAGUCGGAUGUCGCGGUGGGCUUCAACGUCGCAACGUCGUUCCAGUUGCCGUUGGACGCGAUCAAGCAAGACCACGCCGUCUUUUUAUAUGAGAGCGGCCUCGACAGCCACGCCGAAGAGCUCCUCGGGAAGCUCACGCUGUCGCCCGCCAUCUGCAGGCGCCUCGGGUGCAUUGCGCGGACGCGCGUCGCGCUUGUCUUGUCACGCAUGCGCAGUCGGCCCGAGUACGCGGCUUUGAUGACCCGCAUGCCGGCGGACGUGUGCACGUGGGUGUGCUCGUCAUCGCCGCCGUUCCCGCCAGACAACGCGGUCAUGGAGCGUGACGCGACGCCGUCGAUCACUGCCACGUACUUUUUGCUCACGCAGUGUCUCCAGUGGUUUCCAGCGCCGUCACUGGAGCACACCAAGGCCACGGACAUGCUCGGUCUCGUCAAGAGCCUCCUCGACCAGCUCAAGCAGGAGCGGCAGACGACGACUACAAGGAUGCGAAUCAACAAGUAAAAUUGCAAUGGUUGAGCAUUUUCGUCUGCUU